ACCUUUCCCCCUCGGUUGCCGAUCCAACAUGGUAUCAGAGCGUCGAGGGUCUUGAGCCUCUGCGCACGAACGAAACAUCCAGGGCAGUGGAGGAGCAGCACCAGCGUGUUCGACUUCGACCCCUGCCAUGGCGGAUACAUCUUCACCUUAUUAUCUUGGGUCCGGCGAUCAACCCGGGAAUGUUAUCACACAUGUAAUUUUCAAAGGAGACAAUUAUGUGGCUUGGUCUCGGGCUAUCACUCUUUCCUUGAAAGCGCGUCGCAAAUACGUGUUCGUGGACGGUACCGAAACAAAGCCGACUGACAGAGCGAAAUUGCUUGACUGGGACACAGUGAAUUCCAUGGUGGUGUCUUGGCUACUGCGGAGCAUGGAACCCAACGUGGCGGCAUCAAUACCCUUCCACGAUGAGGCACGCGCACUGUGGGUUUAUUUGGAGAAGCGCUUUAGUGUUGCGAAUGGACUGAGAUUGCAGCAGCUUCGCGCUUCUAUAACAGGGUGUAAACAGUCCAAGGCUAUGUCUGUAGAUGCGUAUUACACCGCAUUGAUGAGUCUCUAUGAUGAAUUUAAUAGACUGAAGCCACUUCAUGCUUGCACGUGUGGCCGGUGUACGUGUAACGUGGCCGGGAAGUUUGCCGCAGAUCGAGAAGAGGAACGCUUGCAUCAGUUUUUGAUCGGAAUUGAUGACGAAGUUUAUGGAACUGUGCGAAGUAAUCUACUUUCGCAAACGCCUGUCCCUGACAUAGAUCGUGCUCAUCAGGCCUUUCUCCAAGAGGAGAAUUCACGGGCAGUAGCUCGCGGUAAACAGUCGGCCGCCAUUGAUGUUCAGGCCUUUGCUCUCACGAAAGGACGCCAGGAACGGGUGGACAAAUCCAAGCUCAUGUGCACUCACUGCAAACAAAAGGGCCACGAAGUUGGAGCUUGUUUCAAAUUGCAUGGAUACCCGGAAUGGUGGGACGAGAGAAACCGGAACAAAGGUGCUGCGGCUGGACGUGGAGGGGGGGCACGUGCGCACGCCGCGUCUCCAUUACCAGGCAGCAGCAGUGGUUCGAAUGGGAGCAGUGGCAGUAGGGUAUCUUCCCAAGGUGAUGCGAGUGCCUUGCAUGACUUAAGCAGGGAACAGGUUCAGGCUCUGUUGAAUUUGAUUAGCGUUGAAUCUAGUUCGUCUGACCGCAUGUCGGGACCUACGCUCGAGGAACCUGAUUGGAGCAGGUGAACGGAGGGAUGGACUGUAUUAUUUUCGGGGGAUUCCUGAACUACAUGCGGUUUGCACCUCAGGUCUGUCAGAUUUUGAGUUAUGGCAUCGUCGUCUGGGUCAUCCGUCGGAUAGGGUGGUGAAAUUGUUGCCUCAAAUAACUAGCAGUACUUAUGUGAAAAAAUUAAAUAAAGCUUGUGAGGUGUGUCCGCAGGCCAAACAAGCACGUGAUUCCUUUCCUGUCAGUAAUUUUAGAGCUAGUCGUAUUCUGGAACUAGUACAUUGUGAUUUGUGGGGACCUUAUAAAACUCCUUCUACUUGUGAUGCUAUUUAUUUUCUGACUCUGGUUGAUGAUUUUUCUCGUGCUGUGUGGGUGUAUUUGUUGCGUGAUAAAAAGGAAGUGACUCGUUUCUUUAUUUCCUUUAUUACUAUGGUAGAAAAACAAUUUGAGGUUACUGUGAAAAAUAUUCGCAGUGAUAAUGGGACCGAGUUUAAGUGUAUGGGACCUUAUUUUGAAUCUCA